AUGGUGGCAACGCGAGCCGUGAUGGAGGAGCGAGGGACGUGCGGCUUGGGGACAAGGAGAUUGAUUGGAGGUUUUGCGGAAGUGAGGUGUAACUCGUUGGGUGAGGUUGUAAUGGCCAGGGGUAUGGUGAAGAUGCGGUGGCUCACGAAGAUAGGUUCGGGUGAGGCAGUGAGGAAGCAGUUAGAGUUAGGAAGUGAGUCGUGGUGGUUCAUUGUGGUCGGAGUUGGUGUGAUGGUGAGGAAGCGUAUGGUUGGAGUUGGUGUUAUGGUGAGGAGAGCGAAUGAGCUGAAAAUGAGAUGUUAG